GGGGGGCCGCUGGGCUCGGGCUGGCCCCGGCAGGCCCCGCCCCUGUUCCCCGCCGGGCGGUGCCAGAUGCGGGCCCGCCCCGUGAGAGCGGGCGGCGGCGGCGAGCCUGGAGUCCGGGACCGGGAGUCUGGGACCGCCUCGCCAUGCUGCCCGCGGCCGUCAGGAAGUGGCUGCACCGGCCCAAGCGAUCCGACCCCAGGCUGCUGUCCCAGUUCUUCUACGCCGACGAGAGGGUGACCCGCGUGGUGAUGGAAAUAAACGGGCUGGACGUGGAGACGGACCCUCAGCAAUACUUGGUGCUGCUAAACCAGCUGCACCUCAGCCAGGCUCAUCUGCUGACCCUCAUCGAGCGGCUCAUGGACGAGUGCAUCCCCAAGGAGAGGCACUGCCGCGACUACCUGGCCAAGUUCCCGGAGGAGCUCCUGGUGGACAAUCUGGGGAACCACGUGCUGUUUGCAGCUGAGUGUCUGGUGGCAGGCACCGUCCUGGAGCUGGAAGAAGCAGAUGGGCUGCAGCUGCGUCCCCUGGCCAAGAACCUGCUGUGCAGCUUGCAGCUGGUGCGGAAAGUGCUGCGGGAGCAGAGCCUGAGCCAGGCCAGCAGCUGCUCGGAGCCCGUGCGCAUGGCGCUGAUCCGCUUUGACACGCUCUUUGCUGAAUUUGAACUCAGCUACGUGGCCUCGCUGGUCUCGCUGAAGUCCCCAGAGGAGCUCUACAAGCAGCAGGAGAUCGUGGUGCUCUUCUGUGAGACAGUGGAGAGAGCCCUGAAACUCGGCUACCUGAGCCAGGACAUGAUUGACGGGUGUGAGCCGCUGCUGAUGUUCACCAUCCCCCGCCUGGCCAUCAUCAGUGGGCUCCUCAUCUAUCCCGAGGGGCCCCUCAGCCUGGAACGGACGCCCGAGGAGAUGUCCAGAGUCUUCAGCCCCUUUCACAGCGUGCUGAAAAAAAUCAGGGACCUGCUCCGCGUGCUGUCAGAGGAGGAGCUCGCCCUGCUGGAGAAGAUCCUUUGCACCGCCGAAUCGGAGGGUCCUUGCAGUGCAGCCUCUCCUGAGCCCAGGGGCGAAGUGGCUCCGGACACUUCUCUCUCUGCCCCCUGGUGCUCCCCGGAGCCCGCCCACAACUGCUCUCGGCACCCCCCUGCCUGCAGCUCCGGAACAGCUGCUAACCCAGACGCUGGAGCCCCAGGAACUGCCACUGGAGCCACACAGAGGGGCAUGGAGGAGGCAAAGGAGCCAGUGACCCCUGGCUCUGACCCUGUCCCCGGAAGGCCCCUGAACGUGAGGACUCGUGAUGUGGAUGUGGCCUGCACUGGGUCAGCCUCGUCGGGCCCGUGGCCACCUGCUAAGGCCGUGCCCCCGGGGGAACCUGGCAGAGCCGGCGACCCCAGCAGGGACAUGUGGCUGCAGGUGCACUCCGCCGUGCCAGCGGGAGCAGGGCACGCUGGCAGCGUGGGGCCUCCCUGGGACAGAGGCCAGCAGUCCUGGGCAUGCUCCACGGGCCGUGGCCAGCUGGCACUAGUGGCUUCUGUGCCAUGGGAGCCGACUCUGCCAGGAGGAUGCGUGGAGACCUGUGUGCAGAACGGGUGGGCGAGGCCAAGCCAGGCCCAGGCUCUCCCCCUACUCCUGUCUGGCGACAGCAGCAGGCCCCGGGGGCAACAGGCAGGCAGUGCCCGGGGCAGAGCACUCCACGGGGCUGUGCUGAGCGUGCGCCGGGCAGAGCUCCGCUCCCGUUACCACAGCGCCCAGGACAUGAUCCACACGCUCUUCGUCUGCAUCUCUGGGGUAGCAGACCAGCUGCAGACCAACUUCGCCAGCGACCUGCGGAGCAUCCUGAAGACGGUGUUCCACAUCAUGACAUCCCAGCCCGAGGCCCCAGUGCUGACAGAUACCGGCCAGGAGGAAGAGGCGGGAGAAGCGUCCCGCUUGGCAGACUGUGCUCUGUGCUCCAGCCGCCGGGAGGGGAACGGGACCAGGCAAGGCCACGGCGCCUCCAGGCUGCCCGAGUGGGUGCCGGACGGCACAUGCAGCCAGUGCACAGCAUGUCAGGCACCCUUCACUGUGCUCCGCCGACGGCACCACUGCCGCAACUGUGGGAAGUGGCUCUUGUCCCUGUAACGAGGGGCAGGUGGCGGGAGCUGGUUCCCUGCACCCAUGAAUGGCCCAGGUUGUGACAAGGCAGUUGGUGAUGGAGUCGAGUCUUGCAGGAAAGUGGGAACAUUCGCUGCAGCUGGUCAGUGAGGCUUAAGCCCUGACCUGUGGCAACAGGUGACUGCGGGGAGGGGGGGGUGUUAUUACACCACCUCUUUUCAGGAUCCAAGUUUGCCACCCAGAGAAAGGGGGGGGUGGCUGAAUGCAGCACCCCUCAGUUCCCGGGCUGGGCCCUGGAGGAAGCCAGGCACCGGCAAGCCCAGAAAACAUCCCUUGUGCCGCAUGCUUGUGGAAGUGGGACAUGGCCCUGCGGGAUGACUGUACAACUGGGGGCCAGGGGUGGGGCUGUCUGAGGAACGCAGGUCCCUGGAGCUGUAUGGUCCCGCUCAGCCUGGGUGACGGCAGCCUGGAGGCCUGGCUCGAAACGCAGGUGGUCACCAGUUGUCUGGAUUGUGACCAGAAAGUUUAGUUACCACAGGCAGGGGGAGGCACCGGGUCAGUAACUCUUGCCAGCCGUGGGCCUAAUCUGGGGGGCUUUGCCCCCGCCCCUGAUUUCUGCAAACACCGAGCAGGGCUUGCUUUGCUCAGCCUGUGUGGGGGAGGGAGAGGGGGGGCUGUCCUGCCCAUGCUGCACCCCCCCCCCCCCCCAGCUGAGGCAGGCAGCGCUGGGAUGCUGUCUCCUGCUGCCCGUCUACCUGCGCUGUCCUGGUGCUGUACAGCAGUGAGGGCCUGGCCAGGGGACAGCAGGGAGAGGAAAGGGGAUGGGCAGGGGGAGGUUUUGGCUUCUGUGUCCAGGUGCCAUUCAGGGUUACCAGGGUCCAGUUUCUGGUCAUUAACCUGCGCCAGCCCCUGCUCAGCUUGGGUGUCUCCUACCUGCAGGUGCCAGGUGGGCUCCUUGGGGGAUCCAGCAAAGAAGAGGAAGGAGCGAGCGAUGGGAGCGGGGCCUCGGGGGUCCAGUUAUCGGCAAGGCCUGCGGGGUUUGUGCCGUGGCUGGCGCAGCAGGUGCCAGGGGAGCCGGCUAGGCUGGGCUUGCUCAGGUUCAGCUCUGGCCCCUCCCAUGAGCCAGGUGGCGGCCAGAGCCGGGGCAGGUGUAAGUGAGGAAGGGCACAUGGCUGCCCCGUGCCGCCCUGCCCUGUCUGGCUGAGCCCUGAGCCUGCAUCGCCUCCACUCCUGCACUGGGGAGGAGAGCGCAGAGGCAGGCUGGAAAUUGCCUGCCUCAAUGGGCUGCUGACCCUCCGCUGGAGAAACCCAGGCACCAUUCCCCGGGCACAGGGCCUGGGGGCACCUCCCUUUGGCUGUUGGAGAGAGCUGGGGCCAGCCGCAGGGAGCCAGCUCACAGGAGUUAGAUUCCCGGCUACCCAACAAGCCUGGCUUGGCUCCUGCAGCCGGGAUGGCUGAGGAGGGAUGUGGGGGCUUGUGGCAGGAACGGCUGGGGAGAGAGGUGGAGGGCAGGGGACCCACCUGUGGCUCCCCAGAGGGCUCUGCUCGUUGUCCCAAGCUCAGCCGAGACAGCCACUUGGGCUGGCAGAGGGUUCCCCUUACACCCCCCUCAGCCUCCUGUGCUGGCCCAGCUGCACGAGCCCACAGGGAGCUGGGCUUUCCUGGCCCGCCUGCCAAGUAGCAGCAUUGAUGAGCUGUGAAGCCCAGGAGGCUCCUAGACGUGGCCUAGCAGCGAAGGCCAAACGUGAGGGUGGGCACAGCCAGGAGGGUGAGCGUGUCUGCUCCCAGC